CUCCCCGACGAACCGAUAUCGCUGCAAGAUGCCCCGGCAGGACUUUUCCAGCUGCCCCCCGGAGACCCUUUCCCCGAACGGGUGACGGUAGCCUGGUUAUCGGUGUUGGCCCUCGCUUUCGCCUUGGUUUGCGACCCUCAAGAGAAUCUAUCCUUAGCCGAAAUCACCCUGCGCCGCUUGGCCCCUCGCCUGCUCGCCUCCCUGCGCCUCCUCGGCCCCGGUGCCGACGUCCUGCUCCGACCCGAGACCGCCGACAUCCUCCUUGAUCGUCUCCUGCCCCACGGCCAGAUGCUUUUCCUCAACGAACGUUUCCUCCAGGCCGUGGACCGGGAGAUGGGCAUCAAAGCAUCCCGCUGA